AUGUUUUCCAGACUUAAAAUAAAUCACUCCAUGAGAUGGUAUAGAUUCUAUAGUACACUCGAUUCACAUUCCCUAAAAUUGCAGAGUGGUUCGAAAUUUGUAAAAAUAAAGCAAGUAAGUGGCUUGAGGGGUAGCUCAUCAGCAGAUUUUGUGUCUCCACCAAAUUCUAAAUUACAAUCUUUAAUUUGGCAAAACCCUUUACAAAAUGUUUAUAUAACUAAAAAACCCUGGACUCCAUCUACAAGAGAGGCAAUGGUUGAAUUCAUAACACAUUUACAUGAGUCCUAUCCCGAAGUAAACGUUAUUGUUCAACCUGAUGUUGCAGAAGAGAUUUCUCAGGAUUUCAAGUCUCCGUUGGAAAAUGAUCCCAACAGACCGCAUAUACUUUAUACUGGACCUGAACAAGAUAUAGUAAACAGGACAGAUUUACUUGUCACAUUGGGAGGGGAUGGUACCAUUUUACACGGUGUAUCAAUGUUCGGAAACACACAAGUUCCUCCAGUCUUAGCAUUUGCUCUUGGAACACUGGGGUUUCUCUUACCGUUUGAUUUCAAAGAGCAUAAAAAAGUCUUUCAAGAGGUAAUCAGCUCUAGAGCUAAAUGUUUGCAUAGGACACGACUAGAAUGCCACUUGAAAAAGAAGGAUAGUAACUCAUCUAUUGUGACUCAUGCUAUGAAUGACAUAUUUUUACAUAGAGGUAAUUCCCCCCAUCUCACCAACUUGGAUAUUUUUAUUGAUGGAGAGUUUUUGACAAGAACGACAGCUGACGGCGUGGCGUUAGCUACACCAACAGGCUCUACAGCAUAUUCAUUAUCAGCGGGAGGAUCUAUUGUCUCUCCGUUGGUGCCUGCUAUUCUAAUGACACCAAUUUGUCCACGCUCUUUGUCGUUCCGACCAUUGAUUUUGCCUCAUUCAUCCCACAUUAGAAUAAAAAUAGGUUCCAAAUUGAAUCAAAAACCAAUUAAUAGUGUGGUAAAACUAUCCGUUGAUGGUAUUCCUCAACAAGAUUUAGAUGUUGGUGAUGAAAUUCACGUUAUAAAUGAGGUUGGUACCAUAUACAUAGAUGGAACUCAACUUCCAACCACAAGGAAACCCCAAUCUGACUUCAAUAAUUCGAAAAAACCGAAGAGAUCUGGAAUUUAUUGCGUAGCUAAGACAGAGAAUGAUUGGAUUAGAGGAAUCAAUGAACUUUUAGGCUUCAAUUCCAGCUUUAGACUGACCAAAAGGAAGAGUGACAAUGAUUAA